GGAGAGUGUGUCGACCGGUCGAUCUGAGCGGCAUUCCGAAUUUCGUUGUAACAGGGGAGAUUUUUUUAGUUUUGAAGAAACCAUCGAAAGAAGAGUGAUUGAUUGAAAAUUGCUGGGAUGCCUCAUCGUUAGCCGAGUCAACGUCAUGUUUUGUGGUCGAGUGGCAGUGAUAGUCCUCGUCGCCGGGCUCAGCCGAGCCGCGACUCAGUCGGAAGAGCUCAAACCCAAUUACGUGUAUUACGACAAAGGCGAAGAAUCUUAUCCGCGAAUAUACUGUUAUGGUGGUCGUCCCUUCACCUAUCUUGGAGUAUUUGCGUCCGCCAGAGUGGAAUUCACUCUGCCCCCGACUUUCUACGAUUUGUAUGAGGGGGCUAACGAGACAGAGGUCGAUAGCGAGUUCCAGGAAAACAAGCGCAACUGGCUCCCAUUAGUGCCAUGGAGAAGCAACACGAUCCCUUUCCGAGCAUUCGAGCGCAAAUGUAUAGGCCUCUUGAGCAGCUCGGAAUACCGUUUCAAAUUCCGUAGUUUCAACAUCGACUACCUGCGCAUGAUAAUGUGCGCGAUGGGUCUCAUGUUGUUUUUCAAUGCUCACCGGAUAGUUCGCAGCAAAAGCGUUUUCUAUUCGGGUGGAGUCUCCGUUGGGGUUGUGGCAUCCUUGCUGGUGAUUUUCUUCUUCCUCAGUCGAAUGAUACCUCGUCGACGAACAAUGUUAGUCAGUCUCCUCAUGGGCUGGUCCUUCUCGGUGUACAUCUUCCACAAGCUCUGGACGAAUCUCUACGAAGUUCUCCACGAGCAUCGCGCCAUUGUUUUCACGUAUUUAGGGGUGGCGGCUACGAUUUCGUUCGCUUUGUGUUAUCGGUGCGGUCCACCGACAAACGAGAAAACCAUCGAUCUGAUGCAGUGGUCGGUUCAAUUCAUGGCCCUCGCUGUCGUUUACUUGAGCUCCGACAUCCAAGAAGUCACCUUGGCUUUCUGUCUCGUAGCUCUUCUCAUUUACAACAUUCCUCGCGAGUACUCAGCUAAAGUACAGACUUUCGUCAAGAAGAAAAUCUUCAAACCGAAAGUUAAGCUUUUGAGCGAGGAAGAAUUCAUCCGCCAGGGAGACGAAUUCACGAGACUGGAGCUGGAAAGACUCCGGAAAUUCGCACAAUCUCCCGAUUGCCCUGCGUGGAAAGUCAUGAGCAAGUUGAAGAACCCACAAAGAUUCGGAAGUUUCGUCAUGGGCGAGAGUCAUUUGGAAGAUAAUGAGAUUCUCGACUACGAAACAAGUGCUCGAGUUCAGGAGGACGAGUUAACACUCUUGACCGACGACGAGUCGGACGAGGAGAAUUAUCCGAGAAUUCUUCCGACAGACUUGUUGAAUGGAGACGGUCCGAACAAUGCAUCGAGGCAGCGACGAUGAGCACAGAAGGCCGAAAACCCAGAGACGAGCUGGAUCGAUUGUAAAUAAGUGGUGUUACUGCAUCUAGCAGGGAGUUCCUCUGUAGAAAUAAAAAAAUUGUAUACAAUGU